CCCCUAAUUCCUGGGAUUUCAAUAGGAGAGAGAAGCCACCAAACGGCUAUAAUUGACAUUUUGAAGCUGUAUCGACCAAAAAUUUAGAAGAUUGCCCUCGAAGAUCGUUGUCUUUUGGGUAGUUUUUUUCUCUGUAAUUCGUUGUCGAUUCCCGGGGUUUUUGAUCUUUUGGGUUUUUUUUAUUUUUUAUUUUUGGGGCAAAUUUAAAUUUAUACAAACCCGGGAGAGUUGGAGAUAGAGAAAGUAGGGAAGAAUCGAAAGUCGGCAUUUUUUGGGUUAAUUUGUAUUGAAUCCUCAUGAUGGCUGAUGGGUAUUCCAGUUCGAAGAAGACCGAUAAUAUCUGUGGCCAGCAGGAAACCCGUGGACUGCUGAGCAUGUUGAGACUACGAUGCUUGUUACGUGGGGUGGAUGUGAGGAUCUUGAUGUUUUUGUUUCUGAUUGUGCCAAUAGCUUUAGUUAGUAUCUAUGUUCAUGGUCAAAAGAUCACCUACUUCCUUCGGCCAAUCUGGCAAUCUCCUCCAAAGCCAUUCAUCAAUUUACCACAUUAUUAUAAUCCAAAUGUUUCAAUGGAGAAUCUUUGCAAACUUCAUGGUUGGAAAACUCGCGAAUAUCCGAGGCGAGUCUUUGAUGCUGUACUGUUCAAUAAUGAAGUGGAGAUGCUUACAAUCCGAUGGAAAGAAUUGUAUCCUUACAUCACAAAGUUUGUUCUUAUUGAAUCAAACUCAACCUUUACUGCUUUGCCCAAGCCUCACUUUUUCUCUAUCAAUCGCGACCAGUUCAAAUUUGUUGAGCCUCGGCUGACUUAUGGGACAAUUGGGGGGAGAUUUAGGAAAGGCGAAAACCCGUUUGUCGAAGAAGCUUAUCAAAGAGUAGCACUGGACCAGCUUCUCAGAAUAGCAGGUAUACAAGAUGAUGAUCUAUUGAUUAUGUCUGAUGUGGAUGAGAUCCCUAGUGGACACACAAUCAAUCUCUUGAGAUGGUGUGAUGACAUUCCUCCAAAGCUUCACCUUCAGCUGAGGAACUAUUUGUACUCGUUCGAGUUCCUUUAUGAUCUUGACAGUUGGAGAGCUUCAGUCCAUAGGUAUCAAAGGGGUAAGACUAGGUAUGCCCAUUUUCGUCAGAGCGACUACCUCUUGGCAGAUUCAGGAUGGCACUGUAGUUUUUGCUUCCGCCGAAUCAGUGAGUUUAUAUUCAAGAUGAAAGCUUAUAGUCAUACCGAUCGUGUGAGGUUUCCUCAUUUCCUGAAUCCCCAACGGAUCCAGGACAAAAUUUGUGAAGGGUCUGAUCUCUAUGACAUGCUACCCGAGGAGUACACGUUUAAGGAGCUGAUAGGGAAGAUGGGAUCGAUACCUCAUUCUUAUUCAGCAGUACAUCUUCCUGCAUAUUUGUUGAAUAACGCGGAUAAGUACAAGUACCUAUUGCCGGGAAACUGCAGAAGAGAAAGUGGCUGAGUUUUCUAGGAAAUCUUGUAAAGUUUGAGGUGAAGAUUUUGUGUUGCAAUGUGGAGGCUCCAUUGGAUAGAUUGAUAUAAAGCUAUACCUUAUACCCAACAAAAUCUAGGUCAUUUAAAAGAUUUGGUUGGUUUGUGGAUUUUCUGGGGAUGGUAAAGAUUGUAUUCUCUCUGGUUUUAGGUUUGAAUCCGGGAGGAAAUGAAUGAAAGAUUAGGAGAUUUGCAGUAGAGUAGAAUGUGACAUUUCUCAGGCUUCUUUAUUUAGGAACUCUGUUUCUUUGUUGCUGUCUUUUGAGGUUGACAUAGUUAAUUUAUAUUCAUAUAUGCUGCUAUCAACUUGGGUUGUUGUUCGACUCCUUUGUUUGUACCAUCUAGUUUCUGUGGA